UCUAUCAGCUGCCAACAGAAUCUCUUACAUUGUAUCCUGAGCAAGUUACGCUCUUGAAUUGCUUCAACCUUUAUCUUCACUCAAGUGAUAUCGGAGGGAGCCUCAAGGUUUGCAUCGAGUUGAUACCGGUUGCUUUAAUUGUCGAUGUAAUUUCGAUAAGGGAUCAAUAGAACCAUGGAGAACGGAGAAGAACUAGUCGGCCCACCUCAGCUAUCUCUUCAGUGGCAUCAGCACCACAACACACUAGUCUCCCUGCUUGAUGCUCUUUGGGAGAGGCAGGAGCUUGUUGAUGUAACUUUGGCUGCCGAUGGGCAAUGCAUCCAGGUGCACAGAAUCGUACUGUGUGCCUGCAGUAAAUAUUUCCAGGACAUGUUAACUCCAAAAAGCAGUUCAGACAAACAAGUCAUUGUUUUCCUAAAAGAUGUGUCAUAUUGUGACCUGAAGGCCUUAGUCGACUAUAUGUACAAAGGGGAAGUACGAAUCAAUGAAGACCAAUUGAAUUCAUUCCUACAUACUGCCAAAUCUCUUGGUAUUCGUGGUCUGAUGGGAGAUGGCAAAAAGGAUGAUGUACAGAAUGAUAGGAAAAAAAGGCGGAGACAGUCGGUUGAGCUGUCGAUUGACCAAGACGAAGAACAAGACAACAGCCUUGCAGCGUCAUCGCCUCCUCCUCCGCCACCGAUGCUCAAACACAAAACCAGUCUCACGAAACCCCAGCAAAAUGUCGAAGUCAAAUGUGAAUUACCGCUGGACCAAGAGGGUAGAUUCGAAUCGACAAUCAACAAUAUGCAGCCAGAAACGGAAUCGUUGACACAAAAUUCAAGUAUUCACUCGGGACAAGAGCUAGAAGACGAUGAACUCGAUUUGUUUCAACACUGUGGUGUCAAUGCUGGGAAUAAUCACCUUCAUCAUCCGGGACCAUCCAGAAUGUCUGCCGAAGAGCUCCAAUCGUCCGGUCAAGACUUAUUGGUUGAUCAUAUGGCUUGGGGUUCUGUCCAUAAUGGGUCAGUUGACAACCACCAUCUUCAUCACCAUGAUCCUGAUCCUGGACCUGGUCGGCAUUCAUGCCCCAGAUGUGGCAGGACGUACAAAUGGAAACAAACUUUAUUGCGCCACGUGAAAUACGAAUGUGGCGUAGAACCUCAGUUCAUCUGCCCAAUUUGUCGAGCUCCCUUCCAUCACCGGAACGUCUUGCAAAGACAUAUGAAUUUGCAUAGUAGACCCAAAUGAUGUUCUAAUCAUUUUAAAGAAAUUUUCUUUUCUUUAAGAAAAAGCCACCUGUUAUGACGAGAAAUAUGUCGAUGGAGUUUUGCCAUGCGUAGCCAAAUAAAGUACAUUUGUUUUCAA